CCUCUCUCUCCCUCUCUCCGCCCCGAGCGGAGGAUGAUGUGUUCGGCUCCAUCUCCUCCUGCACCCGGGGCCGGCGCUGGUGGAGGCGGAGCGGGGUCCGGCUUUCCCGGCCGAGGCUUCUCUUGCUCCUCCGGCACCUCCCGCACGGAGCCCGCCUUCCCGGCCGCGGGGGCGGCUCGCUACUCAGAUUCGCUGCUGCCGACGAUGCCUGUUCCCGGCGGCCUGGCUCCCACCCUCCUGCCACCCGGCUCCGCGGCCGGGGAUCCCAGUGUCGCAGGCGGAGGAGGAGGAGGAGGAGGGAUGGAGGUCGGGGCCGGACGCCUGCAGCACCUCCUGCUCUCGGGGAAACUGCUCGGGGAAAAGUACCAACACCUCUUCACUGCAGCCCUGGACACUCAGCUCAGCAGAAACAAAAAAGCUUUGAACAAGAAAAAACUUAAAAGGAAGCAGAAAACUAAAUCGAAAGCAAAAGCAAGAACAAAGACAGAGAAUGUGGAAAAUCCAUCACCUGUUCCAGAUAUCAAACUCCAUAGUAACCCCUCUGUCUUCAAUGUUUACUGCAACGUACGUCACUGUGUGUUGGAAUGGCAACGGAAAGAAGCCUCGUUGACUUUAGCCUCAAAGAACUCUGUCCAGAGUGGAGAAUCAGACAGUGAUGAGGAAGAGGAAUCCAGAGAAACUCCAAUUAAGUUACCUAAGAUCAUAGGAAUUGGACUUUGUGGUGUGUUUGAACUUAUAAAGGAGACUAGGUUCACUCAUCCUGCCCUGUGUCUGAGGAGUUUACAGGCAUUGCUUGACAUGCUUCAGGGGCAGCAGCCAGAAGGCCUCCAGUCAGAACCUCCUGAUGUUCUAGAAUCCCUUUUUCAUCUACUGUUAGAAACGACAAUAAGAAGCACUGGAAUGACAGAUACGGUCAGCCAGUCACUGACAGCUUUAUCAUGUGCCUGUCUCUUCAGUUUGGUGGUUGCUUGGGGUGAUACCGGCAAAAUUCUGCAGGCUGUGUCAGCAAUCCUUACUAGUAAUGGCAGCCAUGCUUGCCAACCUAUUCAGGUGCCAACCAUCCUGAAUGCUCUGCAAAGAAGUGUACAAGCUGUCUUAGUUGGUAAAAUUCAAAUUCAGGACUGGUUCAGCAAUGGAAUAAAAAAGGCUGCGCUAAUGCACAAAUGGAUUCUUAAAGACGUGUUUACAGAAGAGGAGGAUCAGUGCCUGUUGCAAUGUGAUGGUUCAUUCCUCUAUCUAUUGGCUAAAGAUGGACUGUACAGAAUUGGUUCUGGAUAUAGUGGGACAGUCAGGGGCCAUGUGUAUAACUCCACUUCUCGCAUAAGGAACAGAAAAGAGAGAAAAUCGUGGUUGGGAUUUGCACAGGGUUCUUUACUAUAUAGAGAUUUAAAUAACCACAAUAUGACUGCCAUAUCGAUAAACCCAGAAACAUUGGAACAAGAAGGCACAGUCAGUCUUCCAGGGUGCCAAGUUGAAGGACAGAACAUCCUUUUCACUGAUGGAGAGUACAUUAAUCAAAUCACAGCAUCCAAAGAUGAUGGUUUCGUGGUUCGAAUAUAUGCAACAAGCACUGAGUCCGUACUUCAACAGGAAUUGCAACUCAAGCUUGCAAGGAAGUGUCUACAUGCUUGCGGUCUCUCUUUAUUUGAUCUGGAGAAAGACUUGCACAUUAUCAGUACAGGAUUUGACGAAGAGUCAGCCCUUUUAGGAGCCGGAAGAGAGUUUGCACUAAUGAAAACUGCUAAUGGGAAGAUUUAUUAUACUGGCAAAUACCAGAGUCUUGGAAUAAAACAAGGAGGUCCUACUGCAGGGAAAUGGGUUGAACUGCCCAUCACAAAAUCACCAAAGAUUGUACAGUUCUCUGUGGGCCAUGAUGGUUCUCAUGCCUUAAUGGUGGGUGACGAUGGAAGUGUUUUCUUCACUGGACUAGCUAGUAAAGGAGAGGAUGGUGAAUCAGCUAAAAGCAGGCGCCAACCAAAGCCUUACAAGCCGAAGAAAAUUAUUAAAAUUGAAAGUAAAAUAGCAGUCUACACAGCAUGCAACAAUGGAAGCAGUGCUAUUACAACAAAGGAGGGAGAACUGUACAUGUUUGGAAAAGAUGCUGUUUAUUGUGAUGGUGCAGGGCUUGUGACAGACUUGAAGGGCCACUGUGUAACACAAGUGGACCUGGGUAAAGCUCAUGCCUGUGUCCUGACUAAAAAUGGAGAAGUAUGGACAUUUGGAGUGAACAACAAAGGACAAUGUGGCAGAGAUACAGGUUCCUUGAACCAAGGGGGGAAAGGUUUCAAUGUGGAAAACAUGGCAACAGCGAUGGAUGAAGACCUGGAAGAGGAACUGGAUGAAAAGGAUGAGAAAUCCAUAAUGUGUCCCCCUGGAAUGCACAAGUGGAAGCUGGACCAAUGCAUGGUUUGCACAGUGUGUGGAGACUGCACAGGCUAUGGAGCCAGUUGUGUCAGCAGUGGUCGCCCAGACAGAGUCCCAGGAGGGCUGUGUGGAUGUGGUUCAGGUGAGUCUGGUUGUGCAGUAUGUGGCUGCUGCAAGGCCUGUGCCCGAGAGCUGGAUGGUCAAGAGGCAAGACAACGGGGUAUCCUUGAUGCUGUCAAGGAAAUGAUACCUUUAGAUCUAUUAUUAGGUCCUGUACCCCCUGGGGUCAAUAUCGAAGAGCAUAUUCAGUUAAGACAAGAAGAAAAGAGGCAACGAUUGAAUAGAAGACACAGGCUAGAAGAAGUGCGAGGCCCUAUUGUAUUUCCUGGUCCCAUUUAUUUGAAUCAUCGAGAACAGGCCCUAGCCAGGCUAAGACCCCUUCCAGCAAAGCUAAAGCAUAAACGGGACAAGCAUAAAGAUGUUAAUGGAGAAAGGGGGGAUAAGGACACCAGCAAAAUUGCAACAUACCCUCCGGGUGCUGUACAUUUUGACUAUGAACUUCGAGCAGUACAGGUUAGCUGUGGAUUCCAUCACUCAGUGAUCCUCAUGGAGAAUGGUGAUGUUUACACAUUUGGAUAUGGACAACAUGGUCAACUUGGGCAUGGCGAUGUAAAUUCAAGAGGGUCUCCUACACUGAUACAAGACUUACCAGGCCCUUGCACCCAAGUAGCUGCAGGCAGUAAUCACACUGCUCUCCUGUUGACAGAUGGACAAGUUUUCACAUUUGGAAGUUUCUCUAAAGGACAACUUGGGAGACCAAUUUUGGAUAUGCCCUUCUGGAACACAAAACCAUCUCCUAUGCCGAACAUAGGUUCAAAAUUUGGUCGAAAAGCCACCUGGAUAGGUGCAAGCGGAGACCAGACCUUCCUCCGGAUUGAUGAAGCACUUAUCAACUCACACGUUUUGUCAACUUCAGAAAUCUUUGCUAGCAAGAAUAUUGUAGGAUUGGUUCCUUCAUCCAUCACUGAACCACCGCCAUUUAAAUGUCUUUUAAUAAAUAAAGUGGAUGGGAGCUGUAGGACAUUUAACGAUUCAGAACAGGAAGAUUUACGAGGGUUUGGUGUUUGCUUGGAUCCAGUGUAUGAUGUGAUUUGGAGAUAUAUGCCAGGCACAAGAGAAGUUUGGUGCUAUAAUGCAGUGACAGCUGAUGCCAGACUUCCUUCAGCAUCGGAUAUUCACGCCAGAUGUAGUGUAUUGAGUCCUGAACUUGCACUACCAACAGGAUCAAAAGCGAAUACGACCAGGUCCCAUGGAGCUUUGCAUAUUCUAGGGUGUUUGGACACACUGGCUGCUAUGCAGGAUCUGAAAAUGGGAGUCACAAAUACAGAGGAGGAGACUCAAGCAGUUACUAAAGUCUAUUCCAAGGAAGAUUACAGCGUGGUUAAUAGAUUUGAAAGUCAUGGAGGUGGCUGGGGGUAUUCUGCCCAUUCUGUUGAAGCCAUUCGAUUCUGUGCAGACACCGACAUAUUGCUUGGAGGUCUUGGUCUGUUUGGUGGGAGAGGUGAAUAUACAGCAAAAAUAAAGCUGUUUGAGCUGGGUCCUGAUGGAGGAGAGCAUGAAACUGAUGGUGAUCUUCUUACAGAAACUGAUGUUCUGGCAUAUGACUGUGCUGCAAGAGAAAAAUAUGCCAUGAUGUUUGAUGAGCCAGUUUUGCUGCAGGCUGGUUGGUGGUAUGUGGCUUGGGCUCGAGUAUCGGGGCCCAGUAGUGACUGCGGCUCUCAUGGUCAAGCCUCCAUUACCACUGAUGAUGGGGUUAUUUUCCAGUUUAAGAGUUCAAAGAAGUCCAAUAAUGGAACAGAUGUGAAUGCAGGCCAAAUCCCUCAAUUGUUAUACAGGUUACCUUCAAAUGACAGAAACUCUGGGAAAGGAAAACAGCAACCAAGUGAACCAGUGCAUAUUUUGAGGCGAUCUUUUUCAAGAACUGUGUCAGUGGAGUGUUUUGAAUCGUUGCUGAGCAUUCUGCAGUGGAGUUGGACAACACUUGUAUUAGGAGUGGAGGAGCUCCAGGGAUUGAAAGGUUUCCAAUAUACUGCCACUUUACUGGAUUUGGAAAGGCUGAAAUUUGUCGGUACUUGUUGUCUACGCUUGCUGCGUGUCUACAUCUGUGAGAUAUACCCUGUUGCAGUUGGGACUAAAGCUACGGUAGAGGAAACCAGCAAACUGUCAGAAUGUGUUGGAAAGACCAGAUCCCUCCUGAGGAAGAUUUUAUCGGAAGGAGUUGACCACUGUAUGCUGAAGCUUGACAAUGAUCCUCAUGGCUACCAUUCCCAACCCAAAACUCUGUUGGAAGCAGUUCUCCAGGAAUGCCACAACACAUUCACAGCCUGCUUUCAUUCUUUUUAUCCCACCCCAGCGCUGCAGUGGGCUUGUCUUUGUGACCUCUUGAAUUGCCUAGAUCAGGAUAUACAAGAAGCCAACUUCAGAACCUCAAGUAGUCGGUUACUCGCAGCAGUCAUGUCUGCUCUCUGCCAUGCUUCAGUUAAACUGACAUCGAUCCUUCCCAUUGCUUAUGAUGGUGAAGUGCUGCUUCGGUCCUUGGUGAAGCAGGCAAGCACAGAGAAUGAUUCUUCACUGGUUUACAGAUUCCCCCUGCUGGUUGCUCACAUGGAAAAACUUAGUCAGACUGAAGAAAAUAUUACAGGAAUGACAAGUUUUCGAGAAGUGCUAGAAAAAAUGUUGGUCAUUGUUGUGCUUCCAGUCCGAAAAAGCCUGAGAAGGGAAGUGGAACUUUUUUCUCCUCUUUUAGUCUCGAACACAUGUGGCUUACUUGCCAGCAUAGUGAGUGAACUUACCGCUUCAGCGUUGGGAUCUGAGACUGAUGGAUUGAAUUCUCUCCAUUCUGUCAAAGCUACAUCAAACCGAUUUGUUAAAACAAGUCAAGGACGAAGUUGGAAUACUGGCAAUGGGUCACCUGAUGCAAUCUGCUUCUCUGUUGACAAACCUGGGGUAGUUGUGGUCGGAUUCCAUGUAUAUGGAGGAGGUGGCAUUCAUGAAUAUGAACUGGAAAUGUUGGUGGAUGAUAGCGAGCAUACUGGUGAUUCAGCACAUUCUCACAGAUGGACUUCCUUGGAAUUGGUAAAAGGAACCUAUAGUACUGACGAUUCUCCAAGUGACACGGCAGAAAUCAGGCUGGAUAAAGCUGUGCCAUUGAAGGAAAAUGCAAAAUAUGCAGUACGUCUGAGGAACUAUGGAAGUCGUACUGCAAAUGGAGAUGGCGGAUUGACUACUGUUCAAUGUCCAGAUGGUGUAACAUUCACUUUCAGUACCUGUAGCCUCAGCAGUAAUGGGACCAAUCAGACUAGAGGUCAGAUCCCUCAGAUACUUUAUUACAGAAGUGAAUAUGAUGGCGAUCUGCAAUCACAGCUGGUUAGCAAAGCCAAUGAGGAGGAUAUAAACUGCAGCAGAGCACUUUCGGUUGUUUGUGCUGUGGUUCGUGCUGCCAAGGAUGUGUUGCACAGGGCUCUGGCUGUAGAUGCUGAAGAUAUUCCAGAACUCCUCAGUUCUUCCAGUCUGUUAUCGAUGCUGCUUCCACUUAUUUUGGCUUACAUUGGGCCUGUGGCUGCUAAUGUUCCGAAGGCUGCUGUUGAAGUCUUUGGUCUUGUGCAAGAGCUUCUUCCAUCAGUUGCAGCAUUGAACCAGAAAUAUGCUCCACCUGUCUUCAAUCCAAAUCAAUCAACAGACAGUGCCACAGGGAAUCAGCCUGAACAGGGCCUGUCAGCUUGUACUACUUCUAACCAUUAUUCUGUAGUGGAAAGUGACCAUCCUUAUAAGCCAUCAAGUGUUAGUCAAUUAAAGGUAACCUUCCCAGAAUGUGUGAAAUGGAUGACAAUUGAGUUUGACCCGCAGUGUGGUACUGCACAGCAAGAAGAUAUGCUCCGUUUGUUGAUUUCUAACAAAGCUUUCCACAGUUCAGGAUUUGGAACCAAAAGCAUGAGCCAUGAUAGUGUUAAUUCAUGGACAGAAUUAAAGAAAUUCUUUGGUUCUAGUGGGUGGCCAACUACAGUCCUUGUUUUACCAGGAAAUGAAGUCAUCUUUUCUUUGGAGACUGCAUCAGACUAUGUGAAAGAUGAGAAAGCCUGUUUUUAUGGCUUCAAGUGUGUUGCUGUGGGGUAUGAAUUCAAUCCUGGAUAUGAUGAGGGAAAUCUGCAAUUAGAAAAAGAGUUGGGAUACCUUGGAAGUAUGUGUGCAGCAUCACUGAUGAAAAAAGAUCUUGCACUUCCUGUGGGUAAUGAUCUAGAGGAGGAUCUUGAAAUUCUUGAAGAAUCAGCUCUGCAGGUGUGUAAAAUUCAUUGUGGCUUACUAGGAAAGGGCCUAGCUUUGUCUCAUUCACCAACCAUUCUAGAAGCACUCGAUGGCAACCUUCCCCUCCAUAUGCAGAGCAAUGAACAUUCCUUCUUGGAGGAUUUCAUCGCUUGUUUGCCUGGAUCUAGUGGUGGACGACUUGCAAGGUGGCUUCAACCAGAUUCAUAUGCAGAUCCACAGAAAACUUCUCUGAUAUUGAAUAAGGACUACAUUAGGUGUGGUUGGCCAGCUACCAUCACAAUACAGACCAAAGACCAAUAUGGGGAUGUAGUUCAUGUUCCAAACCUAAAGGUUGAGGUGAAAGCUGUUCCACUUUCUCAAAAGAAGUCUGUGCAGCAAGAAAAUAUAAUAAAAAAACUGCAACGCAUCCCUGGUAGCCCACCAACUGUUUCAAGCACAGAUUUGACGUUUGGUGGGUUGCCAUCUCCAAAACUGGAAGCGACAUAUGAACCAAUGAUUGUAAAAGAAGCUCGAUAUACAGCGAUAACUAUGAUGAAGGCAUAUGAAAAUUAUUCAUUUGAAGAACUUAGGUUUGCAUCCCCCACACCUAAAAGGCCAAGUGAGAACAUGCUAAUUCGAGCUAACAAUGAUGGCACCUACAGUGCAAACUGGACCCCUGGAGCAGUUGGCCUUUACAGUAUCCAUGUCACAAUUGAUGGGAUUGAAACAGAUGCUGGUCUGGAAGUAGAAGUAAAAGAUCCACCAAAAGGAAUGAUACCUCCAGGAUCUCAAAUCGUCAAACCAAAGGCUGAACCACAACCAAGCAAGGUUCGCAAAUUUGUGACAAACGACAGUGCAGGGCUUCGUAUACGUAGCCACCCCUCUCUUCAGAGUGAGCAGAUAGGCAUAGUGAAGGUCAAUGGAACCAUCACUUUCAAUGAUGAGAUCCACAAUGAUGAUGGUGUAUGGCUGAGACUGAAUGAUGAGACUGUAAAGAAGUAUGUUCCCAACAUGAAUGGUUACACUGAAGCCUGGUGCCUCUCUUUUAACCAACACCUGGGCAAGAGCCUUCUGGUCCCUGUUGAUAUUGUCUUCAGUGCUAGCAAAGGAGUCAGGGACAUGGAUUUUGUAUCCUGGAAUUUCCAACCUAUAUUGUGCCAGGAGCCUAAAUCCAUCACCGAUGAUUACUUCAAAGAAGUAAAUUCACGUCGGUCCAAUGAAGUAGUCUUGAAAGAGCAGGAAAAGAUGUUCCUGCGAGGCGGACCAGGAGUAUAUAAGGUAGUGAAGACUGGGCCUUCAGGGCACAACAUCAGAAGCUGCCCUAACCUUAGAGGUAUCCCCAUUGGAAUGUUAGUUCUUGGGAACAGAGUCAAGGCAUUAGGCGAGGUGACAAACCCCGAAGGCACUUGGGUCCAGCUUGAUAAGAACAGUAUGGUGGGAUUCUGUGAAAGUGAUGAUGGAGAGGCCUGGUCUUUGUCAAGAGACCGAGGUAGUAAUCAGUACCUGAGACAUGAAGAAGAACAAGCACUGCUGGAUCAAGCACCUCAGACACCGCCUCCAAGCCCAUUUUCAGCUCAGGCAUUCAGCAGGAGUUCGAGUUGUAACAACCCACAAGGUUUUGACUAUAGCCUUGCAAAUACCAAAGGUGACCAGCUGAGUGCCAUGCUGAAUACCAUUCAGUCACAGCCUUUCCUCCCAGCUUCUAGCGUCUUUGGUCAAGCUGCAAAGCCUUCCUCUUCCCUUAUUCACAGCCCAUUUGUGUUUGGACAGUUCCUUUCCUUGCCGCAGUCUCAACCACAGCUUCCGAACACUUCAUCCCGCAGGCUUACUUCACGUGACCGUUCAUACAAAAGUAGCGGUCCAGCAGGACCAGGUCUCUCUAAAUCUCAGAAGUCAAAGGGUGACCGAGGGAACGUGGUAAUGUCUGCAAGACCUUCCUCACCAUCUCGAAACUUUGAUCUUUUAUACAAACACAAAACUGAAAACCGAUCGCCAAAAAAUGACAGCCGGGUGAGCAAAGCUGCUACAGAACAAACAAAGACGAAAAACGGAGAAAGUCUAUCCGCAAGUGAAUCCCUUUUGCUUAAAUCGGAUGCUGCCAAAUUGAGAUCAGAUUCUCACAGCCGAUCACUUUCACCAAACCACAACACGCUACAGUCCCUAAAAUCAGAUGGGAAAACCACCUCUGGACUUAGAGCAGAGUCACCAGCACCAGUAACACGGUCAGGAUCAAAGCAAAAGUCAUUGUCAUCUGGAAAAGGCAGCCCAUCGAGUCCUAAUUCUCAACGGUCAAGUUCUCCACUUGAAAGAAACUUAACUCCAAAAGCCAAUACGUCCUCAAAGGUGAGAUUGGAUCCUCCACGGGAAAGAUCAAAAUCGGAUUCAUAUACUCUGGAUCCUGAUACGCUGCGUAAGAAAAAACUUACCCUGACAGAGCCUAUACGAGGAAGAUCAACUUCUCCAAAACCCAAAGUAAUGUCUAAAGAAGCAAAACCUGCUGUAAGCCCAGAAAACAGAGCACCAUCUCCCCAUGUGGUACAAGAGAAUCUUCACGAUGAAAUUGUAGCUAUUUGCACAUCCAGUACUCUAACAACAAACAGCAAUUCAGAUUCGGUCACUGAUGAAAUGGCUGAUGUGAGAAGCAGUGAGGACUCUUCUCCAAAGGUCCACUUCAGCAUUGGAAAAGCCCCACCCAAAGAGGAGCAAGAAACAAGGUCUUCUCCUAAGGUCAGUCGUAAGAACACUGCCAGACAUACCAGACCUAAAAAGGAAAAAAUUGGACCUAUUUUCAAGGGAGAAAACAGCAAAUCUACUGAGCCAGCAAAACAAGCAAUGUCGCCUUCUGUAGCAGAAUGUGCUCGUGCAGUAUUUGCCGCAUUUCUUUGGCAUGAAGGAAUUGUCCACGAUGCCAUGGCCUGCUCGUCUUUCUUGAAAUUCAAUCCUGAACUCACUAAGGAACACGCCCCAGUGAGAAAUAACCUCCAUAGUCAACAAGGUAUAGAUGAAAGAGAAACCAAGCUAAAGAACAGGCAUUCAUUGGAAAUAUCAUCUGCUUUAAAUAUGUUCAAUAUUUCUCCUCAUGGUCCAGACAUAUCCAAAAUGGGAAGUAUUAAUAAAAACAAAGUUCUCUCAAUGCUGAAAGAGCCCCCAUUGCCUGAGAAAAAUGAAGAUGGAAAAGGAGAUUCAACGACUUAUGAACCUUCUAGCCAUCAUUCUACGAAGGUUCGAUCUCCUUUGCCUCUUACUUUACAGCAUCUUGUGGCUUUUUGGGAGGACAUUUCAAUGGCCACUAUAAAAGCAGCAACUCAGAACAUGAUCUUUCCCAGCCCUGGUUCCAGUGCCAUUUUAAAGAAAAAGGAAAAUGAGAAAGAUGGCAAAAAAAGUAAGAAGGAAAAGAAGAAGAAAGAUAAAGCAGAGGCAAGACCAAGAGGAAAUCUCUUUGGGGAAAUGGCACAACUUGCAAUGGGAGGACCUGAGAAGGACACAAUAUGUGAGCUGUGUGGGGAAUCGCAUCAAUAUCCAGUCACGUAUCACAUGCGACAAGUUCAUCCAGGCUGUGGCCGUUAUGCUGGGGGACAGGGCUAUAAUAGCAUUGGUCAUUUCUGUGGUGGAUGGGCAGGAAACUGUGGGGACGGUGGAGUUGGAGGAAGCACGUGGUAUUUGGUGUGUGACCGGUGCAGAGAAAAAUACCUUCGUGAAAAACAAGCUGCAGCUCGAGAAAAGGUUAAGCAAGCCAGGAAAAAACCUGUACAGGUUAAGACUCCUCGAGCCUUGCCCUCCAUGGAAGCUCAUCAAGUGAUUAAAGCAAAUGCUGUGUUCCUCCUCUCGCUGAGUAGUGCAGCAGAACCAAAUAUGCUUUCUUACCAAAUCCCAAAGCCAUUCCAUUCACAGCUUCCAAGUGUGAAAGAGGGCAUCUCUAAUGAUCUGUCCAAUAAGUAUCCAUGCCUUUAUCUACAGACUUUGGCAAGACAGCAUUCAGAGAAUUUUGCCGGGUAUCAUGAUGAUCACCUCUUCCAAGAUGAAAUGAGAUACCUUCGCUCCACCUCUGUACCAGCACCAUAUAUAUCAGUCACUCCAGAUGCUUGCCCCCAUGUCUUUGAUGAACCAGAAACAAAUCUGAAAUCAAUGCCGCCUAGUCUUGAAACAAGCCCUAUAAUGGAAAGUGAUACAACAAAGCGAAGUGUCUUCCAGCGAUCAUACUCUGUAGUAGCAUCAGAAUAUGACAAACAGCACUCAAUCUCACCUGCUCGUGUGAAAGCUAUUCCAAGACGGAGAGUUAACAGUGGUGAUGCAGAAGUGGGGUCUUCUCUUCUUCGACAUCCAUCGCCUGAGCUUUCUCGUCUCAUCUCAGCUCACAGUUCACUCUCCAAGGGAGAGCGAAAUUUCCAGUGGCCUGUACUAGCAUUUGUUAUACAACAUCAUGAUUUGGAGGGACUGGAAAUGGCUAUGAAACAUGCUUUAAGGAAAUCUGCUUGCAGAGUGUAUGCAAUGGAGGCUUUCAACUGGCUGUUGUGCAACGUCAUUCAGACAAUUGCUCUCCAUGAUAUUCUUUGGCAUUUUGUGGCAUCACUAACUCCUGCUCCCAUGGAAUUUGAAGAUGAAGAAAUCGAUGAUAACAAAGUGAACAAAGAAAAUAUAGAACCGGAAAAAGACACUGGAGUCUGUGAGCACCCUUUGUCGGAUAUUGUGAUUGCAGGAGAAGCAGCUCAUCCUCUACCUCAGACUUUCCAUCGCCUGCUGCAAACUAUCUCAGACCUGAUGAUGUCACUCCCAAGUGGCAGCUCACUGCAGCAGAUGGCAUUACGAUGCUGGAGUCUGAAAUUUAAACAGUCUGAUCAUCAGUUUCUUCAUCAGAGCAAUGUUUUUCAUCACAUUAAUAACAUUCUUUCCAAGUCUGAUGAUGGGGACAGUGAAGAAAGCUUCAACAUUAGCGUGCAGUCUGGUUAUGAAGUCUUGAACCAGCAGGAACUAGGUAUUGUAACCUGUUUGAAAGACCUUACUGGGAUUUUAGAUAUUAAGACAUCAAGUAGACCAGCCAUGAUUGGUAGUUUGACGGAUGGAUCCACUGAAACCUUCUGGGAGUCAGGAGAUGAAGACAAAAAUAAAACCAAGAGCAUAACCAUAAAUUGUGUCAAAGGAAUCUGUGCUCGUUAUGUGUUUGUUCAUGUGGACAACUCUAGAGACUUGGGGAAUAAGGUUUCUUCAAUGACCUUCUUCUCUGGAAAAACAACAGAAGAUUUAAGUAGAAUUAAACAGACUGACAUGGAUUCCAGACAUAUGGGAUGGGUAACCAGCGAGCUUCCUGGAGGAGACAAUUAUAUUAUUAAAAUUGAGCUCAAAGGCCCUGAGAAUACAUUGCGAGUACGGCAAGUCAAAGUUCUUGGAUGGAGGGAAAAUGAAAGCAUCAAAAUUGGUGAAGAAAUUUCAGCAAGUGUAGCUCAACAGAAGAAUUGUGAAGCAGAGACCCUAAGAGUUUUUAGACUUAUUACCUCACAGGUGUUUGGGAAACUAAUUUCUGGUGAUGCAGAGCCGACACCUGAACAAGAAGAUAAGACUAUUUUGUCUUCACCUGAAGGAGAAGAAAAGGCACCAUCAGAUGCAGAUUUGAAAGAACAUAUGGUUGGAAUCAUAUUUAGCAGAAGCAAGCUAACCAAUCUCCAGAAACAGGUCUGUGCUCAUAUAGUUCAAGCCAUACGAAUGGAGGCCACCCGUGUGCGAGAGGAAUGGGAACAUGCCAUCUCCAGCAAGGAGAAUGCCAAUUCUCAGCCAAACGAUGAGGAUGCCUCCUCAGAUGCUUACUGUUUUGAGCUGCUCUCAAUGGUUCUUGCUUUGAGUGGUUCCAAUGUGGGAAGGCAGUACUUGGCCCAACAGCUCACUUUACUGCAAGACCUUUUUUCUUUACUGCAUACAGCUUCUCCCAGAGUGCAAAGACAGGUAACAUCGUUGCUCCGCCGUGUGUUGCCGGAAGUAACACCAGUACGUCUUGCUAGUAUAAUAGGUGUGAAGUCUCUUCCACCAGCGGACAUCAGUGAUAUCAUUCAUUCCACAGAGAAAGGAGAUUGGAGUAAAUUAGGAAUUCUGGACAUGUUCCUGGGAUGCAUUGCCAAAGGACUCACUGUACAGUUAAAAGCCAAAGGCAGUAGUUUCCCUGGUACAGCUGCUGGGAAAGGGGUGACCACAGUUACGUUACCUUCAGUUUUCAACUCUGGCUCUAUUCGCCGAGGUGAAAGUCACUGGUGGAUGAAAGGUUCCACACCCCCGCAAAUUUCAGAAAUAAUCAUUAAACUAAUAAAGGACAUGGCAGCAGGACACUUAUCGGAAGCCUGGUCUCGUGUCACAAAGAAUGCUAUUGCCGAAACAAUUAUUGCCCUAACAAAAAUGGAAGAAGAAUACAGAGUACCUGUCCAUUGUAUUGCAACAACCAGGUUAUGGCUAGCACUAGCUUCACUGUGUGUCCUGGACCAAGACCAUGUUGAUAGACUUUCCUCUGGGAGAUGGAUGGGGAAGGAUGGCCAGCAAAAGCAAAUGCCAAUGUGCGACAACCACGAUGACGGUGAAACCCCAGCUAUCAUCCACUGCAAUGUGUGUGGGAAUCUCUGCACAGACUGUGACCGGUUCCUCCAUCUUCACAGGAGGACAAGAUCACAUCAAAGACAGGUAUUUAAGGAAGAGGAGGAAGCAAUUAAAGUGGAUCUUCAUGAAGGGUGUGGAAGAACCAAGCUUUUCUGGCUUAUGGCACUAGCGGAUUCAAAAACCAUGAAGGCAAUGGUAGAGUUCAGAGAACACACAGGCAAGCCUGCUUCAAGCAGCUCUGAAGCAUGUCGCUUCUGCAGAUCAAGAAAUGGAACUGAGUUGUCUGCAGUGGGCAGUGUCUGCUCUGACGUAGACUGCCAGGAGUAUUCUAAAACCGCCUGCAGUAGAACUCAUUGCUGUGGUCAUCCGUGCGGUGGAGUUAAAGGCGAGGAUCACUGUUUACCUUGCUUACAUGGCUGUGACAAGAAUGCAACAUGUCUUAAGCAAGAUGCUGAUGAUAUGUGCAUGAUCUGCUUUACUGAGGCACUUUCAGCAGCUCCUGCUGUCCAGUUGGACUGUAGUCAUGUUUUCCAUCUACAUUGCUGUAGACGAGUUCUGGAAAAUCAGUGGCUUGGUCCAAGAAUAACUUUUGGAUUUAUGUCAUGUCCCAUAUGCAAGAACAAAAUAAAUCAUCCAGUAUUAAAAGACCUACUUGAUCCUAUUAAAGAACUGUAUGAAGAUGUCAGGAGAAAAGCUCUUAUGAGGUUAGAAUAUGAAGGAUUACACAAGAGUGAAGCCAUCACUACGCCAGGAGUCCGCUUUUACAAUGACCCUACUGGUUUUGCAAUGAACAGAUAUGCUUACUAUGUCUGCUACAAAUGUAAAAAGGCUUAUUUUGGAGGUGAAGCACGAUGUGAUGCUGAAGCAGGCCAGGGUGAUCAGUAUGACCCUAGGGAAUUGAUCUGUGGUGCCUGCUCAGAUAUCUCUCGAGCACAGAUGUGCCCCAAGCAUGGUACAGACUUCCUGGAGUAUAAGUGCCGGUACUGUUGCUCUGUAGCAGUGUUCUUUUGCUUUGGAACAACACACUUCUGUAAUGCUUGCCAUGACGACUUUCAGAGAAUGACGAGUAUCCCUAAAGAAGAACUCCCCCAUUGUCCCGCAGGACCAAAAGGAAAACAGCUGGAGGGAACAGAGUGUCCUCUUCAUGUUGUGCACCCAGCCACUGGUGAAGAAUUUGCUUUGGGUUGUGGUGUAUGCAGAAAUGCUCACACAUUCUAAACACUCGGCAGAGAAGGAACUACUUCAGACCUUUCACCCUCAGUUUCUGAACUGAAGACAGAAAAUUGGGGUGGCUCACUGUAUCAUUUGAGUGAAAGAACAACUUUGUGCACAAAAAUGAACUGUUUUUUGUGUACGUAAUUCUUGCUGUAAAUGAUUCAAGUUUUCCAAAAGGCUUUAAACUUGUGAAGUGUUUGCAUGCUGCCGUUAUAGUCCUCGGCUGUGAAGCAUCAUACCUACAUGGUACCAAAUAGAAGGCAACGCUUUUUUCAAAAGCACUAAGGAUUUGUGGACAAGGGCAGUAAUGACAGCUUCCAAAUGACACAUUUGAAAAAUUGAUAUAUGUACACUGACUACUUUUUUGGUAACCCUGUACAGUACUCUUGGAAUUGUAAUGACGUCACGGGUGGAAAGUAUGUUCUGGUUCAUUUGAUAGACUGUUGAGGAUGUGUUAGGGCUUGUAGUGUAUGAAUAUCAUAAUGUAUAUAUGGUAUCAAUGUUAGGUGUAUUACAAAGUUGCUACAUUACACUGCGGUUUUCAUUCAAACUUCUAGGGUUACGUUUGAGCCUGAAAUUUUAAUGAAGUGCAAUACUGGGUGUGCCUCCUAUUUUGCAGCUGUAAACAUAUGGAAUGUAUAUGUCAAUAAAACCGCUGUACAUUUUUAUACAGUGAAAAUCUGUUGUGUGAAUGGGAACUCAUUCAGUCACAUAACCUAUAUCUGAACCUCGAGAAGCAUGUGGGACAUAUUUAGGGUUUUUAUUAAAAAAAUGAACAGUUAUUAAUCUAACAAGAGUACACUGUACUGAUACUGUGCUCAUUUCUAUGAUGCCAGUGCAAAUAAUUCCCAACAGUUGCCUUGGAUGUCUCAAGGGCGCUGUCGCUCCUGUUGUACACAACAGCCUUUAUAACUCAAAACAUCAUCCAUCUUUGCGACAGAAAGGCAGGCUUAGUCUGUCCGUGCUAUAAUUCAUUUUAAGAUUGUUUCUGUUCAUGUUGCGAUGGUUGGAAUUACCAUGUAUUCUGUAAAUGAAAUACAAAUCGUAAAGGUGGGACUUCUUUGCUUAGCCUAUUAAAGUACUAAACUAGUGCAUUGUCAA